AUGAUUUGUGAACUAGAGGAUAAGAAAGGCAAUAUGGUAGCAGAUCAAAAACAAAUAGCAGAAAUUCUGGUUAAAUUCUUUCAUCAAAAAUUUCAAUAUAAAGAAGUAAACAUAGAUGAGUCCUUGUUGGAUGUUAUCCCUAAUCUAGUUUCCGACCAAGAUCAAGAUAUGAUUAAAGCAAUACCUGAAGUAGAAGAAAUUAAGAAUGCAGUUUUUGUUAUGAAUGCAGAUGGAGCUCCUGGUCCAGACAGCUUCUCAGUCAAUGGUGCAAAGAAACCAAAUCAAUUUAGACCUAUUGGGUUAAGUAACUUCAUCUUCAAAAUAUUUACAAAGAUACUUACUACAAGAAUGAAUGCUUUAAUGAGUAAAUUAGUUUCUCAGCAGCAAGCAGCAUACAUAAAGGGUAGAAGUAUACAUGAGCAAGUUAUGUUAGCUUCUGGGUUAGUGAAUGAAAUGAAGCAUACAAGAAGAUGGGGAAAUGUUGGGUUGAAACUUGACAUAUCUCAAGCAUAUGACUCAGUGAGUUGGGAUUUUUUGUUCAAAGUGCUUCAAAAAUAUGGAUUCUCUGCAGCCUGGUGUGAUUGGUUGAAAACCUUGUUUGCAUCUGCUAAAAUCUCUGUUAUGAUAAAUGGUGGACCUCAAGGUUUUUUCUCAAUGGAGAGAGGCUUAAAACAUGGGGAUCCAUUAUCUCCCAUUCCGUUUGUUCUUAUGGAGGAAGUAUUGAGUAGAAACUUAACCAAACUGGUAGAACUGAAGAUGCGGCAACCAAUGGUUAUCAGAAAAGGUGUUUAUCCAACUCACCUAUUUUUUGCAGAUGAUGUUUUCAUCUUCAGCAAUGGUUCAAAGAAAAUCUUAGUAGCUCUCAUCACCCUUCUCAAGAAUUAUCAAGAUAAUUCUGGUCAGAUAAUCAACAAACAAAAAAGUAAAUGCUUUGUGGAUGGUUGUACACCUUCAAGGAAAAACCAAAUUUUGAAUUUGUUACAAAUGGAGCUUACAACAUUUCCUGAUAAGUACUUAGGUGUCAUAUUGAAGCCUGGGAGAGUUAAAUCGGAGACAGUGUGGCCAAUGGUGGAGAUGAUGCAAAGCUAUUUAGCAGCUUGGAAGGGUAAAAUGCUCUCUUUUAAUGAUAGACUGGUGCUCAUCAAAUCUGUUCUCUGCAGUGUUCCUAUUUAUAAUAUGACAGUCUACAAAUGGCCAAGUUCAGUAAUCAAAAUAUGUGAAAAAAUCAUAAGAAAUUUCUUAUGGACUGGUGACAGUGAGGUUAGAAAGCAUGACACUCUUGGUUGGAGCAAAGUGUGUGCACCAUUCACUGAAGGAGGCUUGGGUAUUAGAAGCUUGGAGGUAAUUAACAAAGAUUUACUAAUGAAAAUGAUGUGGAAUUUUAUGAAUUCAAGUGAUGAAUGCUCAAGUUUUUUUGCUGCUAAGUAUAAGGAUAAAUAUGGUCAAUGGAGUACUCAAUGGAGAUUAUCCACAGUAUGGCCAGGAUUGAAGUGGGCAUGGAUGGAGACGAAAUCAAAUGUGAGAUGGAAUGUUGGUAAUGGUGAAAACAUAUCCUUGUGGUUUGAUACUUGGGUUGGAGAUAAACCUUUAAUAGACUCUCUCAAUUGCACUGCUAGAAUACAAGAUAAGUUGCAUAUGUCUUUGAAAAAAUUAGAAACAAGCAUCCAAAAUUACAUUGGCCUGACCAAAUUUGGAAAAAAAAUUCUACAUCUAAGCAUUGCUAGUAAUGCACGGAAGAUUCAACAGGAAGUGUACACUGAUGAUGUUAAAUUAGUCAAGAAAGGCUAUUCUCUUGCUUCUAAAUGUUGUAUCUGCCAGCAAUCUCAAGACAGUAUGGAGCAUCUCAUGUGGUCCUGCAGUUUCAGCAAGCAUAUAUGGCAAUGGUUAGUUUCUAUCUUUCAGUUCCAAAUUCCUACUUCCUUCUCAGACAUUAUUAUACUUGCAAAACAGAAAAGUCCAAUUGUCAGACAAGUAUGGAUAACAACAGCAUGUGCAACAAUGAGAGAACUUUGGUUCCAAAAGAAUAAAUUUAUUAAUAAAAGUAUAAAUCCUAAUCUGGAAUAUUUCAAAAGAAAAAUCAUGAACCUAGUGUUCUAUGGUGGUUACAGAAUGAUAGGUACAAGAUGGGGGCAGAAUUAUGAUUCAGAAAUACUUCAGUUCUUCAAUCUUGGUCAGAGAAAUAUCAGAUUUAAAAGAAUCCAAGAAUGUCAAUGGUUCAAUCCAUCUGAAGGUAUUGUUCUAUUUUUUUGUGCUGGAAUGACUGUUGGUAAUCCAGGUAUGGGAGGAUUUGGCAUUAUUGCUAGAGGUCAUGAUUGUCAAGUUAUUGGCACUGUCUCAGGUGGAACUGGUAUUGCUACUACUCAUAUAGAUGAUGCACUUUCCAUUGUGUGGGCUAUUGAAUGGGCAGUUAAACUUCAAUGCAGUAGGAUACUCAUCAGAUCUCAUUCUCUGUUAGUGAUAGAAGAUGCAAAAAAGGGUGUAAUGCCUUGGUGCUUACAAUCAAGAUGGGUGAAAGACAAGAAGGAAAUUCCUGAAAUUAUCUAUGAACAAUGUUACAAAGAGGUAAAUUUUUCUGCAAUGGAACUAGCUAAACAGGGAGCAGGAUUAUCUCAAGGAUCUGUGGUGGUUACUAGAGGAAAGCCUUAUUCUCUUUCUCAAGUUGAAUUACCAGAUAGGAAAUACUAUAUAUUCUGUUAA